CCUCGUGUUUAUUCAACAACUGCUGGAUUAUUCUAUCCUGUUUUAUUUUGUUCUGCAAUUAGUUCAAAUAAUGCUGAAUAGUAAUUAAAAUCAGUUUGCAAAAAAUUUAUUUGAGAAACAAGUUUAAUUUGUCAAAACAACUUUAUAACCCACCAAGUCCAAAUUUUCCGAGAAAGGCCUUAAAAUGUCGACCGUUUUGGACAAAAUAGCCCAAAUCGAGGCCGAGAUGGCGAGAACACAAAAGAACAAGGCCACCGCUGGUCAUUUAGGUCUCCUGAAGGCUCGGUUAGCCAAAUUGAGGAGGGAGUUGAUAACGCCUAAGGGAGGAGCAGGAGCUACUGGAGACGGUUUCGAUGUCGCAAAGACUGGAGAUGCCAGAAUCGGGUUUGUGGGUUUUCCAUCUGUUGGAAAAUCAACUCUAUUAACUAACCUUGCCGGAGUAUAUUCUGAAGUGGCUGCUUACGAGUUUACCACACUUACAACUGUUCCUGGAUGCAUCAAGUAUAAAGGGGCUAAAAUUCAGCUACUCGAUCUGCCCGGUAUUAUUGAGGGUGCCAAGGACGGGAAAGGUCGAGGUAGGCAGGUCAUCGCUGUCGCGCGAACCUGUAGUUUGAUAUUCAUUGUUCUUGACGUUCUGAAGCCUUUGGGACAUAAGAAGAUUAUUGAAAAGGAAUUGGAAGGUUUUGGGUUACGGCUUAACAAACAACCUCCCAAUAUAGUUUUCAGAAGAAAAGACAAAGGAGGCAUCAACCUUCAAACGAUGGUUCCACAAACGGAGCUUGAUUUGGACACGGUGAAAACAAUUUUGAGCGAAUAUCGAAUCCAUAACGCCGACAUUACUUUGAGAUACGAUGCGAAUGCUGAUGAUUUAAUUGAUGUUGUGGAGGGAAACAGAGUCUACGUUCCGUGCAUCUACUUGUUAAAUAAAAUCGACCAAAUCUCAAUCGAGGAACUAGACUUGGUAUGGAAAAUUCCUCAUUGCGUUCCAAUAUCCGCUCAUCACAAAUGGAAUUUUGACGAUUUACUGGAGAAGAUGUGGGAGUACUUGAAACUGAUUCGGAUUUAUACAAAACCCAAAGGACAACUACCCGACUACAACUCACCCGUCGUUCUCAGCUCUGACCAUCGCUCACUAGAAGACUUUUGUAAUAAAAUUCAUCGGACCAUCAUGAAAGAAUUUAAAUAUGGUCUGGUUUGGGGAUCAUCUGUAAGGCAUCAACCCCAAAAGGUGGGAAAGGAUCAUGUUCUUGAGGAUGAAGAUGUUGUUCAAAUUGUGAAAAAAGUAUAAUAAUAGUUGAUAAAUUUGUGAUUCUAUUUGGUUUAACAUAAAUAACUUGAAACUUUGCUACUGCACAUUAUUAUAAAUGAGAAAUAAUAAACGAAAAUUCCAAGUCCACAGUGACCAACAUCAA